CUUAUUGAAGACGCGACGUGUUUUGUUGUUCUUUUCGUGGCAUGGGGGGCGGCUAGCUCGAAUUUUGUGCUAUUUUGAAAUCUUUUACCUCGCAAUCAACAUGUUGGAGCAGCGAAAAUGUUACGCAGUGGCUCUGUUUGGAAUUUAUCUGGUAACUGUGCAGGUACUCAGCGUAGGGACAACAGAAGUAACCACUGAUUCGUGUCAAAUGGUUGAGCGGUUCAACGGCAAAAUGGUCAACAUGAAAAACGCGAGAGAAAAGGCUGAAAACAGUUCAGGAAUCGUCUCUGUUCCCGAAGGGUUAAUGGUGAACUCUUCCGCAGAGUGCGAGCAAGGCUGUUGCGAUAAUAUCAACUGUACGGUGUACCUGUUUUAUCCUCGCCCACCCACCAAUGACCAGAACAAAAAAUACAACUGUUUUAUUCUGAACUGUCGGCCACAAAGUCUGUGUUCUGCGGGCAUGGUUGAUGUGAGUAGUAAGGCCGAAGGAUCGGUGGUUGGGAUUCGAGAUCUGCUACAAGGUAAUACAGUUGCAGCCAAGGACGUUGUUAACCUGCAGGAAAGUGUCUCCUCUGCUGAAUCAAAAUCUGAUGUAAAAAAUACAUCCACUGUCAAGCCAGAUGCUGAUGUUUCAAGCAAAAAGGAACCUUCGACUUCUGAAACCAAGAACAAAACCAAUACUAGUGAGACAUCAAGCAGUGUAACAGCUACAACUAAUACUGAAGGUAAGAGUAUUACAAUACAGUUAAAGCUCUAUGAAACUCUCCCUUAACUAAGGCAGACAAACAUUCUGACACCAGGAUAAACAGAAUUCCAAAGAAAAAAAUUGUUGGUCUAAAAAUUACAGAGAUCGUAUAGCAAAACAUGUGACACUUUUCAUAUCUGGUACACGGAGCUAUUGUAACCCUAGAUGCACAUAGUUACUUUGUAAACCUCAAUAACUAAGGCAAACAAAUGUUCUUACAGCAGAAUAAACAAAAAACAUUUAUGGGAAUUACAAGACUUUUCAUGCCUGGCUAGCUGGCCCCUAAGGUUUCAGAAUUUGUCCCUAGCACAAAUAUUUUAGUCAGUAAAUGGUUUGAACCCAGGAGU